AUGGGGUCUCUACUUGUUCCUACGGGUUCAAGAGAGGACUUAGAGCAUUGGGUGAAACCAGUUAUGGGAAAGAUUAAGGUUAAUGUCGAUGGUGCAAUCUUUGCAAGUGAUGGUCGAUUUGGAGCGGCAGGGGUGGCCCGGGAUUCUCAGGGUCGAUUCAUUGAAGGCUUCACAGUUUUACGAGUGGGGUGUGUGGAUUCGGCUAUGGCUGAAUUGGUGGCGGUUUGUCGUUCUCUUUUAGCCGAUUUGCCGUUAGUCUCAAUUAAUUUUGUUAAACGUUCUGUAAACAAAGCUGCACAUUGUCUUGCUCGUAGCUCUUGUUUGUAUCCAGAUCGUAUUUUUAGUGAGGAUGAUGUUCCUCCUGAUUUUCUUUCUAUUGUAGUGGUUGAAUCUUCUUAUUAA